GACUUCACUUCACUCCCACAUUGCAUCGCGUCGCAUAAUUGCAAACCGUACUUAUAUAUUUUUAUUAUUAGUCAAGAUGGAAGGUACGCAGCAGACUACAGCUGCUCUGAUUGGUAAGUUGUUACUAUUUAUUUCCAACUCUCAUGAUUUCACCACAAUCAAUUUUCGACUUGAUCAUCAAUACAAUCACGAUCUCGACAGCGACCAGAACGAAUUCGAUCAUACGGCAAACGCGGCUCGAAAUCAACAUGUCUCGUGAUCACGAUCUUUGGAACUCUUCUCGCGGUGAAGCCAUAGGAACGGCCCCAGGAAAUUCAGUUGAAACUAGUGAUUCCACCAGAAUUAAUGAAGACGCUGUCAUCGAUUCCUCAGCUCCUUCUCGCCCUGGACUUACGUCUAGAGCGAUUUCCAGUGAUUUCAUCGGGACAGAUGAAGCCAAUGUCGCCAGCUUCCUGGCUCCUCCUGGCAGUGAGCAUAUGUCUGGAGCGCCGGCUAGUAAUCCUACAAGUCAUCCCGCCAGAAUCAACGACUCCAGCGUCAUCGAUUUAUUGAAUUCUACUGUUCCUGAAUACAAUUCUAGGGUACCGUCCAGUGAUUUCGUCGUAAACCAUUGGCCGGUCUCUGAGUCAUCUAUGGUUCAAUCUAUCGAGGCCGUAGCGACUGAGCCUAUAUCGUCGAUACCUGGUCCAGAGGCUGUCACGCCCUACUCUAGUAGCCAUCAACUCGAAAUGAUGCCCCUUCAGCCAAUUGACGCUCUAACUUACGGGCUUGACUUGCCUCCACAACCAAUUGAGUCUACUGGCGAAAUUAUCAUAAACUCUAGCUUGCUCAAUGAAGUUGCAGCAGAAGAGCCUCUAGGAUUCGUUGAACCAGCCUUCGAAAGUAUCACACUGCACCAAGGAAUUGCAAGUCUCGGUUUGCCCAAUGAAGUCACAGCAGCAAGCGGACUAAUUCUCGACAAUGGGAUGUUGCGCCAAGAGGGUUCUUCUGCACAAAUGAUCCAAAAUGAUUUGCACAUGAAAGAUUCCUUAGAUUUUGAAAAUAUAUCUAUACCGGACUUGCUCAACGAAGUCACCGCAACCGCGAAACCAAUUUCUAAUAGCGGAACGUUGGGCCAAGAGGAUCCUUAUGCACAAGUGGUUCAAAAUGAUGUAUCUUUAGAAAAUCUUUUAGGCGAUGGCAAUGACUCGAGACUUUCCUUCCUCGACGCAUUUGCAGCAAACCAAUUCACAGAAUUCCCAGAUUUAGUCUUUGACAAUGGCAUGUUGCACCAAGAUGAACCACCCCCCAACUUUCCCCAUGAAGUCACAGCGAUCACCGAGCCGGUUCCCAACAAGAAAGCCGCGUCAAUCACGGGACUAAUCGCCAGCAAUGAAGUCACAGCAGUCACCGAACCAGUUGCCGAAGAUGGAAGACCGAGUCGAAAUGAUCUGAUCCACAAGCACGAACCAGUUGCCGAAGAUGAAAGACCGAGUCGAAAUGAUCGGGCCCACAAGCACGAACCUGUUCAUAAUGAUGACCUAGCUGAUGGCCCAGCCGUACUACGCGCAUCCAAAGCUGACAAACUUACAGACCGCCAGGAACGUGCUAUCGCUGCUCUCCUUAUCCGUUUCCAGAAUCUUGUCAAGCUUGCUGCAUUGCCUACUGAAGAUGCAUUUACAAAGGAGACUGCUGCUGCAGAGGGAUUGAGAAUGGAGGUUGAGAGCAAUGCCUUGACAAGCGCAGCAGAAGACCUCUUGAAGUUGACUAGAGAGUUGAAGGAGUUUUGGAUCUUUGGGUCAUUAAGAGGAAUCGGCGAAGGAGAAGGCGAUGGAGAAAUGGAGACCGAUUCAAAGAAGGUCGCGGAAUUGAUUGAGAAGCAGUUGGAGAAAAAGCAUGAGCAAGAGAAAAACAAGGCUUGAUCAAGAUCUAACUGAAUAUUCGGCGUUCAAGAUGGGGAACGGGAGCUAUACUGGGUUGGCUGUCUUACAAUUUAUUCCUAUGGAGUAUGGGAACGGGUGGCAGAUACCAGGCGUUUUGGUAAGGUCCUGUAUCAAGAUGCUUCUCUAAGAAAGAUAAAUCUGAGGAUAUCAGAAAUGUCUAUUCAUAGUAUUGAUCAUGUAUGUAAAAUUCUUUGAUUUGCACUCACGGUACCUAAAAAUAAUACAGUAUAAAGGAAGGCAACGAAUCUUAUAUAAUUAAGUCA